GACGUCACUAAGUGGGCGGGUCCGUGUUGCACGGCGUGCGCGGGGCGUCCGCGGCCGCUCAAUGACAGCUCCGUUUGCGCUGGAGGCGCGUGGCGUGCACACAGCUGCCUGCCCCCCCUCUCCCGGACAGCACGAGCUGAGAGUUUUUAAGUGUGUGUGGGGUUUUUUUUUUUUUUUUUUUUUCUUUCUUUCUUUCUUUUUUCUUCUUUAUCUUCCUUGUCGGAGCGGAGCUUUCGGGGUGUUUAAACUCCACCCGACCGGAGCCGGAGGAGCGGCGCUGGACCCGCACCGCACUGGUCCGGACGAGCGGGACUCGAGCCACACACACACACACACUGCGACCCUGAGACUGUGUGUGUCCUCAGCUUGGACAGACGCUCGAGCCGAGAGCUCGCGCUGGAGCUCCCGAGCGCCACCCCGAGCACAUGAUCAUGUACACGAUCACCAGAGGGCCCAGCAAACUGGUGACGCAGCGCAGGACAGGUCCAGGCGCACAGCAGAUCGAGACCAAAAGCAACGAGUUCAGAAACAGGCAGAGCCCCUGGACGGCGGCGAGCUCCCAGGCGCCAAAGCUGGUGUUCAACCGCCUCAACGGCAAACGGUACCACGGAGCGCCGUCGCAGGGGGUCGACUCCCAACCGGAAGGCUUCACGGAGGCCCAUGAGGAGAACGUCAGGUUUGUGUACGAAGCAUGGCAGCAGGUGGAGCAGCGACUGGGCAACUGCAGCCAGCUGGAGGGAGGUCAGGGACCAGUGCAGUACUCAGAGAAGACCCCCAACCCUGACAUGAAGAACUUUGUUCCUAUUGACCUGGACGAGUGGUGGGCGCAACGAUUCCUGGCCAACAUUGCCAACCUGUCAUGAUGGCAAGGCCGAGGGCCACGGCGAGCGGAGCCGCUAGAAGCACAGUGGGGAAGGGUGGCGUGUGGAGAGCUGAGAUCCCAGUGUGACUCUGAACUCUGACUGCUUGACCACUGCCGCAGCUCCCCGCUCAUUACCGUCCUGGUUACCUGACCGAUGAUGGAAGCUGGUCUGUUUUACAAUUUCUUUUUUUGAACAACUCCAUGCUGUAUGAUGAGACCAAAUGUCUGUAUCACUGGGCUGGUAUUUGCAUAAAAAAGGAAAUAAAAAAUGGUACACUAUUUUCUAGAUGCUGUUUUUGUACAGACUUAACGAGGCAAAACAGAUGGUCUUAUUUGCAAUGCUGCGCCUAUACUUUUCUGUACAUUUUUCUAGAAACAGACUGACAUUAGUUUUG